AUACACAGUCCAGUUCCUCCGUUACACAUAUGAAAACCAGAACAACCAUGGCCAGUUGUAAGUGCAUCCUGAGCUCUCCGGAGAAAAGUCCUGCCAGGCAGAACCUGUUUGGCCCAGUUGACCAUGAGCAGCUGCAGCAGGAGUAUCAGGACACCCUGCGCAGAGACCUGGAGGACGCCUGUCGCCGCUGGGGCUUCGACUUCCUGUCAGAUAAGCCUCUGGCUGGGCGAGACUUCCAGUGGGAGGAGGUUCCGGGCACCAUGGUGCCUCUCCUCUACCUGCCCUGCCUGUUGGGUCAGGGGGAGGCACAGAAGAUCGGAGGGCCGGCAGCAUCCACAGGGAUGGUCAGGGCGGGGCCAUGGCACCGUGGCAAGGAAAACAUCCCUUGCACCCCUGAGAAGAACGGAGCCAACCUCAAGAACCUGGAGAAACCGCAAGACGAGAACAAACUGAAGAGGAAACAGACCAACCUCACAGAUUUCUACCAAGCCAAGAAGAGAGUGGUGGGUACGUCGCUUAAGUCAGGCCGGUGAUUUCAGAGACACCGUCACAGCUGGACAAAACCACAGCAAGCACUACUUCUCUCGGGAACCGACACGCUGAACAGACUCUGAGUACAUACAGUACACUUACCUGGAGGAAUACAUAACCAAUCCUCUAAACAAACGCAGUGAAAAAUGAAACAACCUAUUUUAUUGCAUCCGUUACCGAUGCAUACUGUUUUAUUUUUAUAUCCAUGUAGGUUAACCGAUGUACUAAUGAUUUCAAUGUAAGGGGGCUUGUGUUCUCCCUGUGGUAAGGGAGGGACAUUCUAAUGGUGCAUCCAUGACCAUUUGUGAGUCAUGAAAGAACAUCCUCUAAACCUUUAUGACCGUUUAGUGUAAGGAAGACUUGAAAAUCAAAGUCUGGACAGUUAAGGUUCUGCAUUCCACAGCACUGAAAUAGACCAAUCGAAACCAUGCCUCGGUCUACGCAUAAAUCGUCUUGUUUUGAUCAUAUCUUGAAAUAAUGAAACCAUACUGUUUACGGUGCUGAGUUUUAAUCUACUGUAAUAUAGUGUCACAUUGAGAGGACUCUUGAAAAAAUGACCACAACAACACAAUAGUCUUUCCAGUUAAAAUGUUCAAAUGUAUGGAUUGAUGUUUUUUUCAUUAUGCUGUGUCUCACAAUUUAAAUAUGUAUCUCAACAUGUACUCAUAGGAAUCUACUUGAAGGGUACCGCCGUGCAUAAAAUUAUGCAAACUCCUAUAUAGAAAUGGCACCUAUUUAAUUUUUUUCACCUUUAUUUAACUAGGCAAGUCGGUUAAGAACAAAUUCUUAUUUUCAAUGACGGCUUUGGAACAGUGGGUUA